UUCCCGAAGGUACAACAACCGAUCAGCUUAAAAUUUUUCACGUGUCUCUAGAAAUUAUCUAGGGUUUCUCUCUCAUAAAAAUACCAAAAAGAAAAAAAAAUCUCUCAGCCCCGAAGCCAAGAGAAAAGUGGUUUUUGAAGAAGAGAGAAGGAAAAUUAUAUGUGAAAGUAUGGCGGGGAAAGAAGAGAACCGAAUAUUUGUGGGAGGAUUGUCAUGGGAUGUCACUGAACGACAGCUUGAGCAUGCGUUUAGUCCAUUUGGCAAAAUCCUUGAAUCUCAGAUCAUGUUGGAAAGAGAUACUGGGCGUCCACGUGGAUUUGGAUUUAUCACGUUUGCUGAUCGCCGGUCCAUGGAUGAAGCUAUCAGGGAGAUGCAUGGACGGGAGCUGGGGGAACGCACCAUUUCAGUGAAUAAGGCUCAACCCAAGAUGGGUGAAGAUCUUGAUCAUGGUUAUAGAGGAGGUUACUCAUCAAGUGGCAGGGGUCGCUAUGCAGGUGGAGACAGGCCUGUAGCACAGGAUGAAUGCUUCAAAUGUGGGCGUUUUGGGCACUGGGCCCGAGAUUGCCCUUCAGCUGGUGGUGGCCGAGGUGGGAGUGGCGGCAUGUUCUCUUCAAGGUCAAGAUAUGGUGGGGCUGAUGAUCGUGGUGAUCGCUUCAGAGAUCGUGAUCGAUACAUAGAUGACCGUUAUGAUGGUGGACGCUAUGGAGAUAGAGACCGUUUUGACAGUAGAGAUGAUAGAUAUGGAAGCCGUGAUCGUUAUAUUAGUGACAGGUAUCCACCUACUGGAGAUCGAUUUGGUGAUCGUUAUGCUGGUUCUGAUCGUUUUCCUCAAAAUGGUUUUGGCAAAGAGAGAGGGUAUCGAGAUGUUGCUCCAAGAGGUAAUGAUAGGUAUGGAGCAGGAGGGCCAGCGCGAAACGACGGAAGAAGCUACCGGAACAGGGCUGGCCCUUAUGAUCGUCCGGGCAUGGGAGGUCGCCCGUCUUCAUUUGACCGCUAUUAACAAUUGUUACGCUGGCUCAACCUUUAGGUUAAACAGUAUGCUUAGGUACUUUGUUUAUCUAUCUAUCUAUCGACUGGAAUUUCUAUGAGUGGUAGAAUUUGACAAGUUAAAUUAGAGAAUCUGUUCCUUUCGUUUUCUCUUAUUUAUUGCUAGAUGAAUGUGUUCCGAGUUGCCUUUUAA